GGCCCAGCUUUCUGGUCUAUUCAGGUCAUUUUGAAUUUUGAUCCUGUCCUCUGGGUCAUUAGCUGUUCCUCCUAGUUUGGUCCAUAAGAGCGAGACCCUAACCUUUCUCGUUCUGCCCCACUGCCUUCUCCCACUCCAGCAUUCGACCCGGGGCGGCUGGAGCAGCUUCAAAUGGAGGCCCGAAAGGGCUCAGUGGUUAACGUCAACCCCACCAACACGCGGCCCCACAGCGACACGCCGGAGAUCCGCAAGUACAAGAAGCGCUUCAACUCAGAGAUCCUGUGUGCCGCUCUCUGGGGGGUCAACUUGCUGGUGGGGACAGAGAAUGGCCUGAUGCUCCUGGACCGCAGUGGGCAGGGCAAGGUGUACAGCCUCAUCAACCGCCGGCGCUUCCAGCAGAUGGAUGUCCUUGAGGGGCUUAAUCUCUUGACCACCAUCUCUGGGAAGAGGAACAAGCUCCGUGUGUACUACCUAUCCUGGCUGCGGAACAAGAUUUUGCACAACGACCCCGAGGUGGAGAAGAAGCAAGGCUGGACCACGGUGGGGGACAUGGAGGGCUGCGUUCACUACCGCGUAGUGAAAUAUGAACGGAUCAAGUUCCUGGUCAUAGCACUCAAGAACUCUGUGGAGGUUUACGCUUGGGCCCCUAAGCCCUACCACAAAUUCAUGGCCUUCAAGUCUUUUGCUGACCUGCCUCACCGGCCGCUGCUGGUGGAGCUGACGGUGGAGGAGGGCCAGCGGCUCAAAGUCAUCUACGGGUCGUGUGCCGGUUUCCAUGCCAUUGAUGUGGACUCAGGAAACAACUACGACAUCUACAUACCAGUACAUAUCCAAUCUCAGAUCACCCCCCACGCCAUCAUCUUCCUGCCCAAUACGGAGGGGAUGGAGAUGCUCCUAUGCUACGAGGACGAGGGCGUCUACGUCAACACCUAUGGGCGCAUCAUCAAGGAUGUGGUGCUGCAAUGGGGGGAAAUGCCCACCUCUGUUGCUUACAUCUGCUCCAAUCAGAUCAUGGGGUGGGGCGAGAAAGCCAUUGAAAUCCGUUCGGUGGAGACAGGACACCUGGAUGGGGUUUUCAUGCACAAGCGGGCCCAGCGCCUCAAGUUCCUGUGCGAGCGCAAUGACAAGGUGUUCUUUGCCUCGGUGCGCUCCGGGGGCAGCAGCCAGGUCUACUUCAUGACGCUGAACAGGAACUGCAUCAUGAACUGGUGAGGGGGCUUCAUCUGUCCCAGUCCCACCAUUCGAGGGGGGCAGAAGGAAGGCAGCUGCUCCCCCGCCUGGCUCAGCUCAAGUCGCCUGACCAGAGAGGAAUGGCCAGAGAAACUGAUGCCGCCUCCUCCUCCUCAAUGGUCGUUUCCCAGUCCCACCCUUCCUUUGGCUGCCAUUUUGGGAAGGACCCAGCUGCUGCUCUUCUUUAGUCUCCUUUUGGGGGGGGGACAGGAUGAGAGCUUGGGGGAGGAGGACCCCUCCACAGCCAUCCUUUGCCUCCUGAGGAUCCCAGGAGGAGUGUUUCUCUUGGGGCAGACAAGAGUCGGGCCAGUUUGUGGGGGGAGCCAUGCUGAAAUUGCACCCCCCUCCCCUGACCAGUGUCCCAGAAUGCCACAGCCUUUGGGGGGCCCUUUGCAAGGCAGAGCAGGCGUGGGAGGAUCAAAGCCAAAUCAUGUAAAUAGACAAAAUAAUGGGGAGGGCCUCCCUUGUUCC